GAUUGUGGGGACGGGGCUGCUUUGCCUCCUUUGCUGCUGGGGAGCUGGGAAUGAGCUGAUCCAGGCUCCUGCCUGCCUGGACACCCAGCCCUGCCUCGGGCUGCUCCCAGUUCUCCCAGUAAGGAAUCUGCUCCCUGUGAGGCCCGAGGGGUGCCUAGAGCAGAGGCUGGACAGAGCUGAAGGAAUAAAAUAAAUAAAAUGUUAAAAUCCCUUCAAAGGAUGCACCUUGGGCAGCACGAGAGCCCGAGGUGGACUCUGAGUCCCAGAUUUUCACACUUCCAUAAGAUUUGGUCCAUUUCCAUGUGGGGGUCAUUCUCCAAUCACAGCUCCACUGAUGCAGUCCCAUCCUCCCAGUUUGCUCUCCUCCAUUCCCUGUUGUUUGCACUUUUUGGGCCUUUUUGUUGUUUGCACUUUUUGGGCUGAAGCUGCAGUGAUGUCCUUGGUUCUGGGCUGGAAAAGGAUUGUUGUGUGUGCCUGAGCUGUGAGGAGAGCUCUGACACUUUAUAUGAGUUCAGAGUUAUGUACCAGUGCAGUCCAGAGUCUGAAAACACAAAAACCAAAACUGCUAAAGAGCUAGAACCCAUCACGUGGGCUUUGGGGGCAGCGGGGUGCCCUGCUGGCACGCUGCCGUGCCCGGGGUGCUCAGGGCCCCCCUGUGCCCCCAGGUUCUGUGGGGAAUGCCUGCAGCCCUGCCUGCAGGUGCCCUCCCCGCUGUGCCCGCUCUGCCGCGUGCCCUUCGACCCCAAGAAGGUGGAGAAGGCUUCCAGCGUGGAGAAACAGCUCUCGUCCUACAAGGCUCCCUGCAGAGGCUGCAGCAAGAAGGUGACCCUGGCCAAAAUGCGCUCCCACGUCUCGUCCUGCGCCAAGGUGCAGGAGCAGAUGGCCAACUGCCCCAAGUUUGUUCCUGUUGUCCCCACAUCCCAGCCUAUUCCCAGCAACAUUCCCAACCGCUCCACGUUCGUGUGUCCCUACUGCGGGGCACGGAACCUGGACCAGCAGGAGCUGGUGAAGCACUGCAUGGAGAACCACAGGAACGACCCCAACAAGGUGGUGUGCCCGGUGUGCUCGGCCAUGCCCUGGGGGGACCCCAGCUACAAGAGUGCCAACUUCCUGCAGCACCUGCUCCACAGGCACAAGUUCUCCUACGACACCUUCGUGGAUUACAACAUCGACGAGGAGGCAGCGCUGCAGGCAGCCCUGGCUCUGUCCCUCUCUGAGAACUGAGGCUGAUCCCUCUCCCUGCCCUGGCUCCUUCUGCACACUCCAGGAACCCUCUGGAGCCCCACUGCAAUUCCCACCUUGUUGAAGAAGGUGGAGCCUCUUCAGUGUCACAGUGAGUGAGCAGAGAGCUCUGGAGCAGGGCUGGGAUCAGUCCUUGGGCUGGCAUUAAUAUCCGUGUUGGGAGCAUAGCCCCGUGUCCAGAUCUAUUUAUUGUUAGAUGCUUUUUGGCACGCUCCUCCCUGCUCUCUGUUGCAGCAGAAUAGGUACCUGAAACUGAUAGAUUGACCCUCAUUUGGGACUGCAAUCAGCCACAUCCUUUUAAAAAGGAGGAAGGCAGCACGGAGCAGCUUUUUUUAAACUCUCCAAGGAUUUUUCUAGAGAUGUCAGGCUGUCCUGACCCCCGUGCUGGAGGCUGGAGCUGCCUCCUUCACCUGAAUCCCAGCAUGAGACUGAAGAGUGGUUCAGAGGAGCCCUGGAGGAUGGCAUCCAGCAUCCAGGGAACCUCCCCUUCCUCGUUUUGUACCUGCUCUUGGGACACCAAACCCUUGCCUUUUUCUACACGGAGCAGCACGGAGCCUUUUCCACCUUUUCUAGAGUUGCUCUAGAAGCUGCUCCCCUUCACUCUGCAAUACCUGCCACCUGGGACAAGAGUAUUUUUAUGGAACAUUAUUAAGAAAGUUUAUUUUUUACACAGAUAACCCAAGCAAACGAAGAUGUGGGUUGGGAAUGGGGCGGGGGCAGGAGCUGGAUCCCGCAGCGGGUCGGACUCUGGGCUGGGGGGAAGUGCAGGGAUCUUUCUGGGCCUCUCCCUUCCCUCAGCAGAGUUGUGAGCAGGCAGGGUGGUGGGGUGGGAUCCAGGGGCUGGUUGUCCAUGCAGGAUCCCAGCCCCGAGCUCCUGUUCCCCCAGAAAUCAGGGAGUGCCUCUCCCUGUGGGAAUCCCUCCCUGGGAAGGGGGCACUGCUCCACAGCAGCCUGGUGAGCCCUUCCCCCUGCCCCUUGCUCUCAGCCCUGCCUGCUGCUGCUGGAGUUGGCUCUGCAGGGCUGGGAGAGGCUGGGAGGGAGAUGGCAGCAGCCACGGGGUGAGCCCUGAGCGAGGGGGUGACUCCCUGCAGGAUCUGCAGGGUGGGAGAGGCCCCCCCUGCAUCUCCCUGCUCAGAGGAUUCCUGAGCUUUACCAAAACCCGGCUCCAGCUCUGCUCUAGCAAUACUGCCUUGGGGUUGUUUUGGUUUCACACUAGGGGUGAUUUUGGGCUCUGCAGCCCUGCGAGGAGCGUGCAGGGAGCCCUGAGCCCCCCUGGCAGGGCAGGGAGAGGGGUGGCACCUUCUCUGCCCAGCGCUGCUGCCUCCUGGGGGUGUUCCUGUGGGAUGGGAGAGCACUGGCACCUUCCAGGAGGAGCCCAGGGGCAUUUCCCUGUCCUGUGCUCAGCUGGGACCCUCAGCAGCUGGAGCAGCCUCCGUGCUGUUGGGCCAGCACCCUUAACCUCGGCCUCCUUCCCUCUCUCCUGCUCCUUUUUGCCCCACAGAGACAGAGCAGGGGCAGCAAGAGCUGCUUUUGUAAAGCACUUUAAGGCCCUGGGUGUGAGGGGCCACACCAGGCCGUGCCAGGGAUCCCCCCCUGUGCCAGGGAUCCCCCCCUGUGCCAGGGAUCCCCCCUGUGCCAGGGAUCCCUCCCUGUGCCAGGGAUCCUCCCUGUGCCCUGGAUCCAUGGAUCCCCCUGGCCGUGCCCACCAGUGCAUCACCCGCCACUUUUUUGCAUAAUUAGAACUUUUAACGAGCCGUCCUGUUUUUUGAAGAGGAAUUAACUCGAUGACGUUAUUUGUAGCAAACCAUUUUUCUCAAUAAAGGCAGUUUCAUCCA